AUGGAAUUGAUCUUUUCUUUUAUUAUGCCAAAAGAGGGUGAUGAUUUAUCUGAUGAAGAAGAAGAACUUCCAGAAAAUGAGUGUAAUUACAACGCACGACUAAUAUUUGACGACAAAACAGCUAUAGAAGGGAUGCAAUACUUCAAUGACAUAAUUAAGAUUGAUGGCAGAUACUCCCGUCCUUUAGAAUUUCCUCCACCUUUAAAUCGAAUAAAAGAACUCACAAUGCACGAAAAUCCAGAUAUAUCGAAUUAUGCUUGGACACUAGUACGUCGUUUAUGCGGUUCAAGUGAGUUUGCUUGUUCACAAUUUAUUCAAAAUGGACUUCUCGAGAUUUUAUGCGAAAACAUCAUAAAUUCAACUAGCCCCGAGAUGUCAUAUUACAAUUUAAAGAUAUUGCAUCAUAUUGCUGGCCAUGAAAACAAAGAAAUUUUCGAAUCACUUUUUCAGAAGAUUCAUAUUAAUUCAAUUAACAAAAAUCUAUCUCCAAUACAAGUAGUUAUUCUUUGCCUUGAUAAACAUAUCCGAGAAUUUACUUCCCAAGAAUAUUCCGAAAUUAUUUCUCAAAGUGGGUUCUCGAGUGAUGAUUACGUCAGCAAGAUCAGAGUAACAUUAAUCAGGUUCCUUACCGCUAUACUCUACUGCAGCUACGAGCUCAAUUACACUCACGAAGUUCAAAAUAUUUGUGAAAUUUUAAUUCUCGGCUUGGCCUUUCCAUAUCCACAACUACGAAUCCUUGUCAUAUGUGGCAUACAAAUGGCGUUUCAUUACUUCAAACACUUCAUUUUUACGCCUUACAAAGAAAACGCUGCAUAUGAGGUCUUAACGAAGUAUUUAGACGACAAGAACGUAUCAAUAUCGAUAGAGACCAUCAAAUGCAUGCGAGAUAUCAUCAAAUACAAAAACGAUGAAAGAUUAUUUUUCGCAACUCACAAAAUUUUCGAUAAUCUUAUGGAAUUCAUACAAUUUGCAUCUAGCCAAAUAGAUACCAAUCCAUCAUUGAGCCAGAGUUACUUAGAAGCAAGGUGCGUUGCCUUUCUUUUCAUUGAUGAUUAUUUUAAUUGUAUAAAAGAAGUGGGAUGUGAGCAAGAAAUCAGUAUAAUCUUUGAUUGUGGUAUUUAUUGGAUGCUUCUUGAUAUUGUUCCAUCUGUUUCUUUCAAAGAAAAACAAGUUAUUGUUCAUUCCAUCUGUUCCAUCAUUAAAUUGUCUUCGCAACAACUCCUUGGCCUUAUUUUAGAAAAGUGUCCUGAUUUAAUUCAAAUAAUUGUCAGUGUUUUCGAUGAUAAAAAUGAUAAAUUUUUAACUGACUAUCUUUUGGCCUUGGAAAUAUAUGCAGACUUCUAUAAACAGGCGGGAAAGAAGGAUGAAUUCAUAUCCAUAUUAACUGAAUGCGAAGUUACAGAUUUUCUUGAUGAAAUUUGCGAAGAUGCGGAAUUGAAGAUUCAAAUGUUGGCAAAAAGUAUAAAGUCUUGCUUACUUGAUGAAGAAGAAGACCAAUAA